AUGACAAGCUGGCAGAGAUCUACUGUCAUAAGGACCAAAGCUGGAUUUGUUAUUUGUGCAGAAGUACAGGAAUGUAAUGGAACAUUCAAGGAGCUGAUCUGUUCCACUGAGAAAAUCAGUUCAGAGGCGAAAAAACUGAUUGAGGAUCAGGAGAAGGCUGAAGUGAAGAAAGCUGAACUACUUCUGGAGCAACUGGAGCAGGAGAAUUCUGAUCUCGAGAAGAGCGUCUCUAAUAUGGAACAACUUUUACAAAUACAAGAUCACAUCCAUUUUGUGGAGAGCUUCAAGUCUUUAAAUAACUCGUUUAUAUUUGAGGACUCACCCAACAUCACUAUCAAUGAACGUUUCUCCUUUGAUGAACUGAAGAAAUCGUUCUCAGAACUGAAGAAUCAAAUAGAGGAAUUUUGCAAGGAGACAUUUAACAACAUGCCCACACAUGUUGCAGCAUUUGAGAUCAUUUCACCCUCAGAGCCGAAGAGCAAAGAUGAUUUACUGAAAUAUUUAAGUUAUCUGACUCUGGAUUCCAACACAGCACAUUAUAACCUCCAUCUGUCUGAGAAGAACCGAACGGUGAGAGGCAGUCAAAUACAUCAGCCGUACUCUAAACAUUCAGAGAGAUUUGAAGACUGGCUUCAGGUGCUGUGUAAGGAGCGUGUACGUGGGCGCUGUUACUGGGAGGUGCAGUGGAUCGGAGAUGUGUUCAUAUCAGUCUCAUAUAAAGGGAUUAGCAGGAAAGGAUGUGGUAGUGACUGUGUGUUUGGGUUAAACCAUUAUUCCUGGAGUCUGGAACUUAAAUCCUCGUCAAUUUUUUUCUGGCACAACAGCAGGCGGAUUGAGCUCCAAGUUCCAUCGCCUACUAAAAUAGGAGUGUAUGUGGAUCAGAGAUCAGGAAUUCUGUCCUUUUAUAGUGUCUCUAAUAAAAUGAAGCUUCUCCACAGCAUCCAAACCACGUUCAGUCAGCCCCUCUACGCUGGGUUUCGGCUUCAUUUUAAUUCAACCGUGAAGUUAUGUGAUCCAAAAUAA